AUGCUUCAGUGGUAAAUGUGAUUGUGCAACGAACCUAAUAAGGUUGCAAUUCUACAGAGUAUCGUCACAGGACAGUCGUUCAAAUUCCAUUCCAUCCGCAUAGUCUACGCGAAGCUAUCAAAAGAUGGCAGAAGAAAAGCACGAAACCUUCACCACGGACGACUUGAUGCACCUCCAGGAGGGCCGUCAGCACAAGCGGACCAAACGAUUGAGAGAAGAGGAUUCAGAAGACGACAUGCCAAAUCAUGAUCCGCCGAGCGAUCUUCAAGUUCAGGAGCGUUUUAGUUUUUCCCGGGCCACAGCAGGUAGCAGAGCACCAAAUACCAAGCCCAAUACGCCAACGUUGCAUCAGUCUUUUUCUUUUGAUGACCUGAACAUUUCCUCUCCUCUUCUGGCGGCACUUUCUCGCAUGUCGAUACGCACACCCACUGAGAUCCAGGUUGCUUGUAUACCUCCGCUUCUUUCUGGCAGGGAUUGCAUAGGUAAUGCUAAAACUGGGUCCGGCAAGACUAUCGCCUUUGCCCUACCGAUUCUACAAAAGCUUUCAGAAGAUCCCUAUGGCAUCUUCGCCCUCGUGCUCACCCCCACUAGGGAACUGGCUUUCCAGAUAUCAGAUCAAUUCGCAGUUCUAGGUGCUGGACUGAGUAUACGAACUGCUGUCAUUGUAGGUGGAAUGGACAUGAUGACCCAAGCGCUGGAACUCGACAAUCGACCCCACGUCGUAGUUGCAACCCCUGGACGCAUUGUUGAUCAUCUACGGAGUAGCAGCGGUGAAUGGAGUCUUUCUCGAAUAAAAUUUUUAGUUCUAGAUGAAGCGGAUCGACUUCUGACCCCUACAUUUUCUCCAGAACUUUCCUACCUAUUUGACGUUUUACCAAAAGAACGACAGACAUGCCUCUUCACUGCUACUCUCACGCCAUCUAUUGACAAAUUAGCUGAAGUACCACCUAGACCGGGAAAACAGAAGCCGUUUAUCCACAGGAUGAAUGCAAAUAUCGAAACCGUUGUUACGUUAAAUCAAAAUUUCGUUUUGGUUCCAUCGCACGUACGCGAAACGUAUCUGUAUCAUCUUCUUUGCAAUCCUCCGGAGCUUGCCGCUUCUCUGAGACGUAUACCUCCUGAUACUGAGAAACGGGAGCUCGUGCAACCCCCUCCGACCAUUAUAUUUUGCACUAAACCCCGUACCGCGGCCUAUCUCACAAGUUUACUGAAGACACUGUCCAUUCGCAGUACAGCUCUCCACUCACGACUCACUCAGCGAGAAAGGUUGACUUCAUUAUCGCUUUUCCGGUCUUCCGUUAUACCGGUUUUGGUGUCUACAGAUGUUGGCGCUCGUGGAUUAGAUAUAGAGGACGUGGCCAUGGUUAUUAACUGGGAUCUACCCAACGAACCAGAAGAGUAUACCCAUCGGGUAGGUAGGACAGCUCGCGCUGGUAAAGCUGGUAUUGCAAUCAGUUUCGUGACCGAGAAAGAUGAGGAACGGGUACUAAAAAUAGAAAGUCGCAUCGGCACCAAGCUGGCUGAGAUGAUAUUACCGGAAGGAAAAGUACUAGAAAAACUGACUUCAGUGUCUACGGCCAAACGGUUGGCUAAUAUGGAGCUUCAUGACUCGGACUUUGGGAAACGUGAGGAAAUUCAUAAUAUCAAGAAGCAAAAAAGACGGGCCGAUAUGGACGUUAUUUUGUGAUGUAUAAUGUCAUUAGCCAUCCUCCUUCCUGUUGUAAGCUCGACUUGGAAAUGAUUAAAGCAUCAAUCAAAGUUCGCUCU